CGAGAAGCACGCGUGUGGCUAAAGUGCCACGUCCGACGACAGCAGCCCGACAGCAGCGCCGACAGCUCGGUGCCUUCUCAGUCUCGUCUCUCGGAAGACACACACGAUGGCCCGCGCUCAGCGCUGCGCUCCGACCACUGCUGUGAUUGGCGCCGGCUUAGCACUCCUCCUCCUCAACAAUGAGCUGCUCUCACACGCUGCGGGCCGAGGCGGUGCCGAGGCCAGAGAGCCACUCCUUUUCGAUGACACGCCGCGUGUGGAGGCCGGCGCAAUGCCCGCUGCUGCCACUGAGGCCGCGUCGAAUCCGCCACCUUCGCCUUCGCCACCUCCGCCUUCGCCGCCACCUCCACCGCCGCUGCCCCCGCCACCGCCUCCGCCACCGCCUCCGCCACCGCCUCCGCCACCGUCGCCGUCACCGCCUCUGCCUCCGCCGUCGCCGUCGCCACAGCUCGUCUUCCCGGCCACCACUCCAGCCGGUGCGGCCAACUCGACGGCGUGCGGACCGGGCCGCUCUCCGUACCACGUGCUCCUCACCGCCUCGUCCGGCCACUACCAACGGUGGCAGACCCGCGUCUUCUUCCACCACUACACGGCCAUCAAGGCGGCGCACCCGUGCUCGGACCUGGGCGGCUUCACGCGGCUGCUCACCCUCCCCGACCGCCUCACGCUGGCGGAGGAGGACCGCGGCCUCUCCGCCGUGAUGACGACCAUCGUCGCGAGGGAGCUAACCAAGGAGACGGAGGACCUCGGCUUCGUCGUGCUCAACCGGCCAACCUCGAUCCGCGCCGUGCUCGCGUCGGGGCAGCUCGCCGCGCGGCUGGCACCGGACGAGCGGCACGUCUUCAUCGUCGAGACGGACCACGUCCUCCUCAAGCCGCUCCCAAACUUGCUCGCCACCGCAGCUGGGGGCGAAGAGGCCGCCGCCGCCGCCUACCCCUUCCACUACAUGGACCCGAGGCGGCCGGGGUGCGCGCCCAUCGUGCGGCGGCACGCGGGGUCGGCCGAGGCGGCGGCGCGCGUGCAGCAGGUCGGGCCGAGUCCGCUGCUCAUCUCGCUCGAGGCGCUGCGCCGCGUCAUCGACGGGUGGGUCAACAUCUCCUUCGACAUGAAGCGGGACGGCGAGGCGGACGCCGAGUUCAACUGGAUGCUCGAGAUGUGGGGCUACUCCGUCGCAGCGGCGCGCGCCCCCCUCAAGCACUUGGUGGUCGAGCGGCUGCAGAUCGAGCCGUCGCAGCAGUUUGGCGUCCGGAUCACGCCCGAGGCGGCGGGGCCGCGCUGGUACGAGGCCGGGGGCGAGCCGACGCACCACGUGCUGCACUACACUUUCUCGCACGAGUUCUCGCGCGACGGGGUCCCGAUGGUGGACAACCGCGACGGCGAGUGGAAGCUCGACAAGCGCGCCUUCCAGCGCGGCGUGCCCCGCGACCUGCCGCCGCCGCCUCGCUGCGCCCUCGAGGCGGCGUGGGUGCUGUGGCGCAAGCUGCACGAGACGAUGGAGGCGGCGGCGCCCGGCCCGAACCACUGGGAGGACGCGCCGCUGCCGGCCAGCCCGACCGCGGUACUGGCGGCACGCACGCGCGCGCUCUCUUCGCUCGGCGUCGCCGCGCGGCUCGUGGGGAGCGGGCCGUGGAGGUGGGGAGGCGACGGCGACCUGUACUUGCUGCGGGGCGGCUGGGCGAUGACGCCGUGGGGGAGCGCGCGCUGGGGCGCCGCACAGAACUGGCACGAAGUUGCUGGGGACGCGGCGCCGGCCGGCGCGCAGGCGGAGGAUGCGGCGUCCGCGAUCGCCGCGGCGGACGACACGCGCGCGGACGCCGACGCCGACCCGGCGGCAGUGCGGCGGCGCCUCCUCGGCACUGGGCCGUGGGAGCACGGGCCGCUCGCCGGCAGGCAGCUCUUCUUCCUCGCGGGUGGAGUCGCGUUCGAUGGGCGCGGGCGGCGGCGAGGCAACUGGAGCGCGUCCUGCUGGAGGCUGAGGCAGAGAGAGACGCGGCUGGCGGCGGCCGAUUUUGUGUGGAAGGCGCCGGCGCGCCGCUGCUUCUCGAGCUGCUCCGACCGCACUUCGCCGCCGACCGAGGCGGCGGUGCGGUCGUCGGGCCUCGGCCGCGUCGCCAUGGCGGCGGCGUGGUCGUGGGGCUUCAACCGCGAGGGGGUGCGUUUCGUGGUCGAGAAGGGGGAGGCGCUCUUCCGCUCGCCGUGGGGGCAGGGCCGGUGGGGCUUUGUGCCGUCGCGCGACGACGUCAUCUUCGUCGACUUUGCGCAGCAAAUGCACAUGCUGCGCUUCGACCGCGCCCAUGCGCGCUUCGUGUCGACCCGCUGCUCCGACGGCGACACCGUCUCGGGCAACCCGCUCGGGGACACAGCCGACAUCACGCGCCGCCUCGAGGAUGGCUGGGACAAGUGGUGAACCAUGCGCCGUUAUGUCCCGGUGGGCAAGUGAAACUUUCAUCUAUCUAAAGUCCGCGUGCGGCAGAGGCCAGACGCCAGAGCUCUCUGGGUGUCUCUGGCUGAUCGAAUUCGAUCUCGAUGUAGCAGCGCGGAUUUUAUUCUAGUUUUUGUUUUGUGUGUGUUCA